CUCUUAAUGUCUGCUAUCUUCAUCUCAAAACACAAUAGUUCUAGAUUUGUUCUCACUGGUUUCCCUGGCCUAGAAGUCAACUAUCUCUGGUUCUCCAUCCCUUUUUCCAUCAUCUAUGCUGUGGUUCUCUCAGGGAACUGCCUGGUGCUGCAUGUGAUCCGGACCGAGCCAAGUCUACACCAGCCUAUGUUCUACCUGCUGGCCUUGCUGGCCCUCACUGACCUGGGCAUGGGGCUGUCCACAGUGCACACGGUGCUCGGGAGCUUGUGGGGGUUUGUUCAAGAGAUCAGCCUGGAUGCCUGCAUUGCCCAGUCCUAUUUUAUCCACGGUUUGUCCUUUAUGGAGUCCUCUGUCCUCCUAGCUAUGGCUUUUGAUCGCUACAUUGCCAUUUGCCACCCAUUGCGCUACUCCUCCAUCCUGACUAAUGACAAAAUCAUGAAAAUUGGGGUGGCAAUCUUAUGUAGAAGUACUUUACUCAUACCUCCAGUCAUCAUUCGCCUAAAGUUCUUAAAUUAUUGCCGUCCUCACAUCCUUUCUCACUCUUUCUGCUUGCACCAAGACUUAAUUCGAAUGGCCUGCUCAGAUAUCCGCUUCAACAGCAUCUAUGGUCUGGCCCUGGUGAUCAGCAACCUGCUCUUGGACUCAGUGCUCAUACUUGUGUCCUAUGUCAUGAUCUUGCAUGCAGUCCUUGCUAUUGCAUCACAGGAGGAGAGACUCAAGUCCUUGCAGACCUGUGUAUCACACAUCUGUGCUGUUUCCGUUUUCUACAUCCCAAUUAUUGGUUUGACUAUGGUGCAUCGCUUUGGGAAGCACCUCUCACCUUUGGUUCAUGUGUUCAUGGGCAACAUCUAUAUCCUUUUCCCUCCCUUGAUGAACCCCAUUAUUUACAGCAUCAAGACCCAGCAAAUACGAAGGAGAAUCCAGAGACUGUUUUACUUGAAAGAAAUGUGUUGA